GUCAAGUAAACGUUCGCCACUGAUUAUUUUUGGCUAUCUUCUUGCCCCAUAAAUCCCGUAUCUAGGAUGAUAGAAUCUUUCAGCCUUGUGUUUCUUGCUUUCUGUCUCAUUUUCUUGCUUGCUUGGUGUGCAUGGCUCUACUUCAACCAUCAUCAUUCUAACACUCCCCCAGGUCCAUCAGGCUUGCCCUUGUUUGGCAAUCUCCUCUGCCUCCAUCCCCAGCUUCACUCCUACUUCACCUCUUUGUCUUCAAUCUAUGGUCCCAUCUUCUCCCUUCGACUUGGCGCCAAACAUAUCAUCGUCGUGUCUUCCCCUUCACUGGCUCGUCAGGUCCUCAAAGACCAUGACCUCACUUUCGCUAACCGCAGUGUCACCGUCGCCGGCAGGGUUGCAUUCUACGACGGAAGUGACAUACUAUGGACUCCAUGUGGAUCCCAGUGGCGAAUGUUGAAGAAAGUGUUUGUGCAAUGGAUCCUUAGUAACACCACCUCCGAUUACGUCUGCAGGCUCCGCCGUAAGGAGGUUCGAAAAACGGUGGAUUAUUUGUAUAGUCGUGUCGGAUCUCCGGUGGAUAUUGGGCAGCAGAUGUAUCUCACGGUGCUGAACAUCAUCACAAAUAUGAUUUGGGGUGAGACGAUGGAGGAAGAUGAUGAUGAUGAGAGGGUUGAGAUUGGAGCAAAUUUCAGGGAAGUGGUGGCGCGUAUUGUAGAACUACUUGGAACGCCGAACAUAUCAGACAUCUUUCCUUGGUUGGCUCGGUUAGACUUUCAACGUGUGGAGAAACGAAUGCGUUCAGCGGUUCAACAGUUCGACCAGAUUUUCGAGAAGAUGAUUGAGCAGCGGUUGAAGAAGAAUGAGAAGAAUGGAAGCGAAGGUGAAGAGAGUAAGGAUUUCUUAGGUUUCUUGUUGAAAUUGAACGAUGCACAAGAUUCCAAGGCGCCUCUCACCAUCACCCAAGUUAAGGCACUUCUCAUGGAUAUGUUGGCAGGUGGAACCGACACAACGGUGAACACAAUGGAGUUUGCAAUGGCUCAAAUUUUAAGCAAUCCAAAGGUAAUGAAGAGAAUCCAAGAAGAAUUGGAAAGCAUUGUGGGAAGAGGGAACAUGGUAGAAGAGUCUCAUAUAAACAAGCUACCAUGCUUGCUUGCUGUUAUGAAGGAAACUCUGAGGUUGUACCCUGUUGGUCCAUUAUUGGUCCCUCACUGUCCCAAUAAAACCACCAAUUUGGCAGGCUACAUGAUUCCAAAAAGCUCCUGUGUGUUCGUGAAUGUGUGGGCCAUACAUAGAAACCCUUCUGUUUGGGACGAUCCUAUGUGUUUUGAUCCUUCCAGGUUCUUGAAUUCUCAAAGAGAUUAUAAAGGGAAUGACUUCGAUUAUUUACCAUUUGGGUCUGGACGAAGACUAUGUGCAGGAAUAGCCUUGGCUGAGAGGAACUUUAUACAUUUACUUGCAUCGCUAAUACAUUCAUUUGAUUGGAAAGUACCUCAAGGCCAAGAGUUGGAUACGUCUGAGAAAUUUGGUAUUCUGCUAAAGAAGAAAACACCUCUAGUUGUUAUCCCCACACCACGAUUAUCCAACCUAGCCUUUUAUCAGUAGAGUACAUUAAAAAUAUUAUUAUGUAGUUGAGCAUCAGGGGUCAAUAAUACAAUUAAGUAGUACCACUUUUGUGCAUGAUUCUCCCUGAAAUAUGUAGUUUGUAGUAUGAAGCCAUUGGUUGCUAUUCUAAUGCCACUAGUGUCUCAAAAUAUUGCUUGUUACAAGUUUCU